AUGAGCAAACAGAGGUCAGCGACUCUCACUGAAGCCCAGCGCGUCUCUCUGGCUCAGAAGCUCCUGCGGGAGAGACUGUGUCAUCAAAAGCUGCCGGAUCGGCCCGUGGGUCUGGACUCACAGUACAAGCACUUGCUGGAGCUGCUGAGACGCACAGCUGUUCAUGGAGAAAGUAACUCAAUCCUCAUUGUUGAUCCACGAGGAUCCGGUAAAACUAUGCUGCUGGGUUGUGUCCUCCGAGAGCUCAUGAGUCUGAAGGACAAAAUCGCUCUGAAAGAAAUCACGCGCCAGCUGCACCUGGAGAAUGUCGUAGGAGACAAAGUGUUUGGGAGCUUUGCAGAGAAUCUGGCUUUUCUCCUGGAAGCUCUUAAGAAAGGUGAUAAGAGCAGCAGUCGUCCCGUGCUGUUCGUGUUGGAUGAGUUUGAUCUGUUCGCUCAUCAUAAGAACCAGACGCUGCUGUAUAACCUGCUGGAUGUGUCUCAGUCUGCGCAGACGCCUGUCGCUGUGGUGGGACUCACCUGCAGACUGGACGUGCUGGAGCUGCUGGAGAAGCGAGUGAAGUCUCGGUUCUCUCACAGACAGAUCCAUCUGUUCAGCUCGCUCUCGUUCAGUCAGUAUGUGGAUGUGGUUCGUGCUCAGCUCAGUUUGCCUCCAGACUUCCCAGAUCCCAAAUUCUCAGACGAGUGGAACCACAGCGCCACGAAAUUAUGUGAAGAGAAGUCAGUUGAGGAGAUUUUGAAGAGACACUUUAACGCCAGUAAAGAUUUCUGCGCUCUGCAUUCACUGCUGUUUCUGGCUGUAAGUCGAGUGUCGGUCUCUCGUUCGACUCUGCGUGAGGCUGAUCUUCUAGAGGCCAGUCGCUUGAUUUCCGCUGAUUCGAAAGCAAACGUCCUUCACGGUCUGUCUAUUCUAGAGCUGUGUUUGGUUAUUGCUAUGAAGCAUCUGAAUGACACUUAUGACGGAGAACCCUUCAAUUUCCAGAUGGUCCAUAAUGAGUUUAAGAAGUUCAUUCAGAGGAAGUCUCACUCCAUCCAUAAGUUUGAGAAGCCUGUGGUGAUGAAGGCGUUUGAGCAUCUGCUGCAGCUGGAGCUGGUGCGUCCGGUGGACUCUGGAUGUUAUUUUAAUGCCUAA